AUGCGCAGAACAUUUGAAUCCGUGCCAGAACAUGUUUCACAGGUUCCAGAACAUGUUUUACAGGUUUAUAAGCCGACGCCUGCACAAAGACCGUCUAUUAUUCAAAAACGUGAAGCUGCAGAAGUUCUUUGGGACUUAGCAGGACUGGGUUAUCGAGAAUUAGUAGCAAAUAAAAAAGUUAAUGUCGUUAGCUUACCCGGGCAAACAGUCAAAGUUGGCAAUACAUUUGACAAAAAAUUUUUUCUAUCUGCUCUCAAUGACGUUGAUUUGGAACUAAAACACCUUGAAGUUUCAAAGAAUUUAGUUAAUUCAUCCUACAGGCUAAUCCCACAAGUUAUGAACAUGCAGGACUCAACGGAAGACAGGAUGAAGGCAGUGGAGCGGCAAAUGAACUCGCUUCGUCAAUCGCUUGACGUUCCUCGAGACCAUGGGGUAAGGACAACGGUUCCUCAGGCCAGUGGUGAAAAGGUUUGUUUUGGCUGUAGAAAACCAAAACACUUCGUCUCGCAAUGCCCUCAGAGAACUGCUAACUAUACAGAGAUUCCAAUGAAGGGGAAAAUAGAACUUUGGAUGAAAGUGGGUGGAUUUUCUAAACUUGCUUCAGUCCUGAUAUCAGACCACCUGUCAGAAAUUAUCCCGGGUUUAGAUUGGCUGGUAAAUAAUAAAGUCUCAUGGAAGUUUGACAAAGCAAGGGUUACCGUUGGUAACAAAAAUAGAGUGGUGAACAAGGCAAUUGAAAUGGGUGUAUAUGUAGCUAGGACGCUGCUUCCGAUGAAAUACGAUGGUCAAUGCGUCAGGGUAUUAAACUUAAAUGACGAACUCAAUCUGAUUAAACAGGAAACGCGGUUGGCCGAUCUUUCAGGAGCCACGGAAGCCAACCUAGGAGAGUCCUACCCCGAGUUUGUAAAACAGAUGCACAACCGGUCAUUGAUGGCUCAUCAACUGGCUCGUGAACGCUUAAAAACCGGCGCAUUGUAUAGGAAGUCGUUGUACGAUGCCAAAGUCAAAGUUUUGACGCUAUGGCCGGGAGACAAGAUAUGGUACCUGUACCCUAGGUUUUGGCAAGGCAGAUCUCCGAAAUGGAUCAGCUCAUACGAGGGUCUAUAUUUAGUGGAUCAUCUAAUUCCUCUAGUCAACGCAGCAAUAAAAAAACGACAGAGCUAA